GGAGUUUUCGACGUGGGCCUUGAAGCGGUUCGCGGUCAUGCUGUUCAUCCUCGUUCUCCUGACUGAAGUGGAGUUCCGCAUAGCGAGCCUAACACUCGGCGCGUGAAGACUCUGCCUCUUAAAUUGUUCCGAUUUCUUGGUCUUUUGACCAGAUCAGAGCACCCAACGGGUCCAUUUUCAUAGAGGUGUGAAGCAGAGCCAUUAAGGCGUAAUUCCGUCUUGCCCCCAAACGUUUCAAAGAUGGACUGUAAGCGCAUUGUGCUUUAUACUGUGCAGCUGAUCUCUUCAGUGUUCUGUUUGGCUUUUGGGCGCUUUUCCUUUUUGGAACAUUCCCGAGGGGGAAACGACUCUCGUGUACUACGGACUACCCCCGGACCCGGAUUGCCACAGGCCGUGCCUAGCGAGUUACUUAAGUCAUUUCCCCCUCGAACAUUCCCAAUUACGCCCUACGACUGAUAUAGUGCGUGUACCUGAGGCGUGACUGAGGUGAGAGCCGUUGUUCUGGUCGACCCCAGAUACGAACUAGUCCACUCACUGCAAGUCGAGCCCUUUUGGGAUUCAGUGAAGUUAGCGAAAGAAACUGUAUCCACGUGCGCGUCCACGUGUUAAGUUUUGCGUUGUGUACUUGCUCAUGCUCAGUUCUAUGUUCAGGGUGUACUAUACGUGCACUCUUCGCGUGUUUUGAUCUGGUGCUGCUCCAGUUUAAGUUGGUUUCUUUUUCAUAUUUAUUUGUAUUAUUCCUAGAAGGUAUUUAUUUUACGUAUAUGUGCGCGAAGAAACGCUAAUAACACGAUGGUUAACGGUGACUUGGUCAUACAGCUCGUCCAAAUUUUGGUCAAAAUUUCGCACAAAAACAGGGUAUUUGGACAUCGAUUUGACGUUAGAGACGUAUUUGUUUGUGUUUAUGUAUGCCCUCAUUGUUACUGUAUCGUGUUUGUCGGGCAACGCGCUGGACUGUGCUAACCGAUGGCCUAAGAGGAAUAUGGCACUGGAAAGCAAAGGUGUUCGAGUCAUACCCUGAAAAUGUGCUAAGGAUUGAAACUGUCCAAGGAACUGAUUUGACUACUUUUAGGGUUCUUUCGUGCUUUGAAGAGGGCAUUAAACUCAAAAUGUCUUGAGCACCACUUUCAAAGGUAUAGCUGAGCACCUUUUUUUCCAGUGUGGCAAUGCAAGACUGGUUGAUUUUUUUCACAAAUGUGAUGUCAAGGGCUAACAAGUUUUUUUAAUAAAUCAUUUUCCUUGUGUUUUUAAAAAAAUA